GCGCGCGCGUACGUGCUCCAUCCAUCCAUCGUGUGCGCCACCAAUCCACCGGCCACCAUGGCACCGCUCCCGGACACCACGGCGGAGGGCGACGGCAAGGCGAUGGGGGACGCGUGGGACUACCGCGGCCGGCCGGCCGUGCGCGACAGCUCCGGCGGCUGGUCCAGCGCGGCCAUGAUCCUGGGCGUGGAGCUGAACGAGCGGCUCACCACGCUGGGCAUCGCGGUGAACCUCGUCACGUACCUCACGGCCACCAUGCACCUGGGCAACGCCGCCUCCGCCAACGCCGUCACCAACUUCCUCGGCACCUCCUUCCUGCUCUGCCUCCUGGGCGGCUUCGUCGCCGACACCUACCUCGGCCGCUACCUCACCAUCGCCAUCUCCACGGCCGUGCAGGCCGCCGGCAUGACCGUGCUCACCGUCUCCACGGCGGCGCCGGGGCUGCGCCCGGCGCCCUGCAAGGACCCGUCGGGCGACGGCAGCGCCCCCGGCUGCGCGCCGCCCAGCGGCACGCAGCUGGGCGUGCUCUACCUGGGGCUGUACCUGACGGCGCUGGGCACGGGCGGGCUCAAGUCGAGCGUGUCGGGGUUCGGGUCGGACCAGUUCGACGAGUCCCACGCCGGGGAGCGGCGGCGCAUGGCGCGCUUCUUCGGCUGGUUCUUCUUCUUCAUCAGCCUCGGCUCCCUCCUCGCCGUGACGGUGCUGGUGUACGUGCAGGACAACGUGGGCCGGCGCUGGGGCUACGGCGCGUGCGUGGUGGCCAUCCUCGCCGGCCUCGGCGUAUUCCUGGCCGGCACCCCCAGGUACCGGUUCAAGAAGCUGGCAGGGAGCCCGCUGACGCAGAUCGCGGCCGUCACCGCCGCCGCCUGGAGGAAGCGCGCGCUGCCGCUGCCGUCCGACCCCGCGAUGCUCUACGACGUGGACGACGCGGCGGCCGCCGGCGAGGACGUCGGCGGCAAGCGGAAGCUGCCCCACUCCAAGCAAUGCAGGUUCCUUGACCAGGCGGCGAUCGUAGAGGUGGAGGUGGAGUUGGAGCCAUCGUCCCCGUCGUCGGGGAAGAAGAAGAAGAAGAAGAAGUGGGCGGUGUGUACGGUGACGGAGGUGGAGGAGGUGAAGCAGGUGGUGCGGAUGCUGCCCACCUGGGCCACCACCAUCGUCUUCUGGACCGUCUACGCGCAGAUGACCACCUUCUCCGUCUCCCAGGCCCAAGCCUUGGACCGCCGCCUUGGCCGCUCCUUCGUCAUCCCCGCCGGCUCCCUCACCGUCUUCUUCGUCGGCUCCAUCCUCCUCACCGUCCCCAUCUACGACCGCCUCAUCGCGCCGCUCGCCCGCCGCCUCACCGGCAACCCUCAAGGCCUCUCCCCGCUCCAGCGCAUCUUCGUCGGCCUCUUCCUCUCCAUCCUCGCAAUGGCCGUCGCCGGGCUAACCGAGCGCCGCCGCCUCACCGCCUCCACCGCGGGCGUCCAGCUCUCCGUCUUCCUCAUCGUGCCACAGUUCCUCCUCGUCGGCGCCGGCGAGGCCUUCACCUACAUCGGCCAGCUCGACUUCUUCCUGCGCGAGUGCCCCAAGGACAUGAAGACCAUGAGCACCGGCCUCUUCCUCACCACGCUCUCGCUCGGCUUCUUCCUCAGCUCCGGUCUCGUCUCCGUUGUGCACGCGGUGACCAGCUCCGACGGCCGGAGACCCUGGCUUGCCAACGACAUCGACAAGGGGAGGCUCGACUACUUCUACUGGCUGCUUGCCGCCAUCAGCGCCGCCAACCUGGGGAUCUUCGUCGCCGCCGCCAAGGGGUACGUGUACAAGGAGAAGCGCCUGGCAGACGCCGGCAUCAUCCAGCUCCACGUCCAAGAAGUGGUGGUCCAUGCUUGAUACAUGACGAAGUGUCUGGGCUUUAGUUUAGUUUUGUUGUAUUUUAGAACCUCGGUGACGAUGGUGAUGAAAAUUUGUAAGACCACAAGAGAAUAAAAAAUAUCUUAGGUGUUUAUCAA